AUGGCGGGCGAAACCGGGCCUCUCGAGAUUUCUCGGGCUCUUGCCAUGGUGAUUGCAGCGCUCUUUGGCGUGGCAUGUUGGAAUGUUCUUCAAAUCAUGGUUGCGAUCUUCAUGACCUUCCGACGCUACCGUGGUCUCUACUUCUGGAGCAUGUUCGUCUCGACACUAGGGAUUCUCCUACACGCGGUCACAUCCUUCCUCCGCUAUUUCGCCCUCGCCCCUAAUUUUCCUAUGUGUGUUUUGAUCUGCAUCGGCUGGUACGCUAUGGUCACCGGACAGUCUGUGGUAUUAUACUCUCGUCUCCACUUGGUGACAUGCGUCGAUCGCUACUCUCGCUGGGUGCUGGGGAUGAUCAUCUUCAACUUUUGCGCCUUACACAUCCCCACCACUAUACUUUUUCUGGGUAUCAACCGCGGCGUUGACAGCUUUGUGGAACCAUUCGAUAUCUACGAGCGUGUUCAAUUGGCUGGGUUCGCUGUUCAAGAAACCAUUAUCAGCGGUCUCUAUGUCUGGGAAACCAUGACCAACCUGAGGCCUGUUCUGGCUAUGAAAGGGAGCCGCGGACGGAGAGUCAUCUGGAAUCUCAUCAUCGUCAACGCCCUUUCCGUCUUGCUAGACGCCUCACUUUUGACAACGGAAUACACGAAUCAUUUUGACGUCCAGACAACAUACAAACCGGUCGUUUACAGCAUCAAGUCAUUAUUGGAGUUCACGGUACUCAACAGUUUGCUUGUUGUUAUCCGUACAAAUCCAUCUACUAUUGAGGAUGUUCAGAUGCUGCAAGAGGAUGAUGAUCUACGCCUAGAGCCCCGAUGGAGUGGCAAUGGUUCGGAAAACGUCGCACCCUUGGGCAUUGGCAUAAAUGAGAAUGAUCAAAACUACCAACGAACCACAUCUCGAGAUUCAAAUCUUUCAAAACAAAGAUCACGGGCGUCUUGCAAAGUUAAUCAUGAAUCCGUUUGA